CAGGGCAAAGCUCUGCCUGGAGGUUGGUGUUGGAUUGGUUGUGGUGGGACAUGUCUGUUGGUGGUGCCUGCAGAACAUGCUUGCUUGGAGUGGGCUGUGGCUGUUGAUGGGAGGAGGUAUGCCUCUGAGGGGUGAAGGUGGUGGUUUACCUGCCAUGUGGGCUUGUUCAGGGUAAGGGUUGAGAAGUGGCUCUGUGCUGCAGGGAGUGGUCUUGUGGGAUGGGGUAUGGUGCAUGGCUUUGGGAUGCAGAGUGGAGAUGAACCUCUUAAGUAAGGGAGAAGGAGCCAUUAUUUGAGUUACUUUUCUGCUCCAGUAGAAGCUUCCUCUCAUUUCCUGAUGUGUUGUGUUGUGUUCCAGCUCUGGUUCUAGCCUGCAGCUCGCUCACCUCUCAUCGGUCUGCUGCUUCCUUGUAAACUGUGCUGCCAUUCCCUCAAACUACCUCCCAAAUUCAAAGCUCCUGAUUAGAGCAUGACUUUGUCAUCAGCUCCAUCCUAGCUUCAUUUCUCAUCUUGAAAGGGAUAGUAGCACAUUUGCCCUCUGGGGUUGAUGGAGCAAAAGCGAAACCAAGCUGCACCCCAUUGCUCCAGCCAUGCCUCUUGCCCAUUCACAAGCCAGGCCCCAUUCCAAGUUCCCUUUGUGCCUACUGUCAUUUCUGCCUCCCCCUUAACCCCCCAGCUGCUGGGGGCAGGGAUGCAGUGUAACAAUCCCACCCAAACAGCUGGUCACUCUAGACUGCCAAUAAAAAUCUGGCAUCUGGGACAAAGGACCAAAGUUAGGUCCUAUAGCUUUAAAUUGGGUGGGUGGGAGAGAAGCCUAAGAUUGUGUCUAGGCUACAAGCAUCUGCUGGAGCUAUGAGUUUGGGCUGUGAAGUGGUGUGAUCCCUGACUGAUAUAGCUGUACUGGCAGCAGCUUGUAGGGUAUGUACAGUGGCAAAACUGCACUUUUACUAGUCUAGCUUGUUUUGCUCAGAGUUAGAGGGUAUAGCUGAGUUCACACGAGGAAGCCUUUGCUGGUAUAGGUCUGGCCUAAGAGACACCAUCCUCUACCUCUUCCUCCUUCCCCAAUGAAAAGUGUUCUUGGUUGAUGGGCAUGGACCCUACCAGCAGAUUCCUGUGGCUAUCCCAUGGCCACAGCUGAUACUUGAAGUUCAUCAACAUAAAGGAAGAGAAACCUAGGAUUUACCAAAGGAGUGGAAAACACUGGUCUAUCCAAACCAGCAUCCUUCUUCUGCCAAUUCCUGAUGCUCUUUGGAAAAGUGAAAAUUCCCUGUAAUGCCUCUGGCCAAUUGUAUACACCUGCAUAUGGGGAGAAAAUUCCUUUUCUAAGAACCCAAUCUGUGCUGGAUUCUCACUGAUGGGUCUUUGGUUCCUAGGUCGAAACUGGUUAGAACCCUCUCCUAGCUCUUCAGGUUUUGGGGCCCUAGAAAACAGCGUGGCAUCAGUUUCAGGCUGCUUACUGGCAGUUUUGUCUGCUAUAACCACGGAGUAUAAAUGUCUCCAGAUGUUCAACACCAUGGCUAGUAAAUGAGCUUGCUUCAGGGACUGCACCUCAGCAAACCAGCACUCCCGCUCUUCCCCAUGUCUCAGCUAUACUCAUCUGGUGGUGGUUUGUGUCUGAAACUGCUUUCCGGGCAGCUGUGGUCAUCUAUGGGAAGUUUUGAGGCCAUGGUUGUGGUGGUGCAUGUUUUGGCAACUUCCUUAGCAUUGAGGAGCCACUAUUCUUUGGCCUUUUCCAGAGCUCCAAUACCUGUUUUUAUCUUUUGGCUGGUAUUGUGAAACUGAGCAUGAUCCACUUCAGCGUAUCUUUCUGUUUGCUUGUUCUUCACUUAGUGCUCCCAGAGCCCUGUUUUUGUGUAUGGUAUUGUUUUGGCAGAUGUCUUUUGGUGGCAGGUUUUUGGUCUGCUAAUAAAUGCUUGUGAUAGUGUUAGUUGUACAGGUGAGGCUCUGGGUAGAGGCAGUGGUUCUUGGGGAGGGAGCUGUGCAAGCUGCAGGAGAGUUUGCUUUCUGCCUUGGUCUCUGACUGGGGUCAAUUCUUGACAGAAUUUCUCCCUGGGAAUCAGGCAUUGGAGUUGGGCUGAUAUUCCUGAAAAAGGAGAUUGCCUGCAUUUCUAUCCCGGGGCUGGUGUAUGUAUGCAAAAAAGAAAAAAAGAGAUUUACACUUAGAAUAUACCCAGAUUCCAUAUUGUUCACUUCUCCCCUGGGAAGCUAAUGGGCAAAGCCCUAAUAUCUGCCAUCACUUGGCAAAGAGGUGACCUAGGUAUCAGCAGAGGCUAUUGGUGUCAGAAGAAGGGAAAACAAGGAGGCAGGAGGCUGCUCCUGUGCUCCAAAAUCUGUCACAGGCUGCUGAGCAUGCUGAUGUUGUCUGCCUCAGAGUUUACCACUAGUGCCAAGGUGUUGGACACAUCAGCGGAUGUACCUGAGUGGUGAAAAGGCAUGAGGAGUGACUUCAAGCCCUCUGAGGCAUCCCAGAUUGGCCCUGUAAGUUGGGCUUUCUGACACCCCCUGUCAAAGCCCCAAUUCUGGACAGCUCUGCCUUAAGGCUUCUGGAUUUCACCCUCCUGCAUUCACUUGGCUGAAGCAGGGAGGAGGAUAAAGUUUCUGGGUAUAUUCUGGGCAACCUAGCUUGAUUACUCCUGCUCUUGUGAAACUGUCCUGAAGCCUACAAUGCUGACUUCAGGCCAUCCUGUUGCUCUCUCUUGGCAGGUGUACGAUCACUUGAUGAAUCAGAGUAACAACUGCACCAAGACUGAGGCUUGAACCCCAAGAGUUUGGUGCUCCAGGUGCAAGAAACUCUGCUCUUGGUGCUGGUGUCCCUGGCACUGAUAGUUGUGGCAAAGCCUGUGAUGGUGUUUUCCAGAGAACUUGGGAUAACUUGCAUUGUGUAGACAAUUUCAGUUGCAUAUUUGGGGGCGGGGGGAGCAGGCUUGAGGGAUCAUGGCAUGGAUGGCUGCUAUUUAGACAUAUGAACUAGAAGAUUGAUACAGAUUCAAAGGCCAGGAGUGGACGAUUGUUCUCGUCUAAUCUGACCUCCUACAUAACUCAGGCCAGAGAACCUCACCCAGUGAUUCCUGCAUUUAGUCCAAUAACUUAAGACACUGAAUGGGAAUGUAAAGACAGCAAAUGAUGGAGAAUCUCUGUUGGCCAAUGGUUAGUUACUGGUGCUGUUAGAAAUUUGUGCCUUACUUACAGUUUGAAUUUGUCCAACUUCAGCUUCUAGCCAUUGGAUCUUGUUCUGCCUUGUUUGCUAGAUGAAAGAGCCAUCUGCUAUCAGAAAUUUCCCCAUGUAAAUAUUUCUAGGCUGUGAUAAAGUACCUUCUUAACUUAAUUUUCAGUAAACUAAAUAGAUGGAGCUCCUUAUGUCUCUCACUGGAAGGCAAGCUUUCCAAACAUUGACUGCUUCUUAUGGCUCUUCCUUGAAUCGGCCUGUUUUUCAAUGUCCUUUUAAAAGUGUAAACACUAGAAUUAUACGCUGUAUUCCGGCAAUAAUUUCACCAGUACCGUAUAUGUAGGGAAUGCCACUCCCUCCUCCUGCUCUCCCUGUUUCUACGUCUGUCAAAGGCUACAUUUCCCCAGUUGCACCCUUGAAGUGGGGAAGGGCAUUUCAUUUACCUCCUACAUCAUUACCUCAUUACUUGGAAUCCCCUUCCGGAUGUCCCUUCAUCUGUGCUGCUUAAGUCCACCCCCUUCAGUGGGUACAGAGCAGUCCAAAUGGAAAAAAAAAAAAAAUACUUCCAUCGCCCUCGGGGCUUCAUGCCAAUAAAGGGGAAGCCAGUCAUUCAGAUCCCCAAAGGAAGUCUUGGCGUCUCUAGCUAAAGCCAAGGCUUAGUCCCAGGGGUUCCAAAAAAGGCUGGUUUUCUUUUGUCAUCUUUCUCCAGAGGCUAGGCCAGGCAGCGUGCUCAAGCCUUUCCUUCAGUAACCUAGGGCCCUGGGCUGGGCGCCCUGUGCUCCAGGUCUACUUGUUUCAGUAUGUCCCCUCAACUGGCCUGGAUUCCUCCCUUUUAAGGGCCAACUCCAAGACCUGACAAGCCUCAGAGGCUUGUCAAAUUGAAGCUGGUUGUGACCAAAGGAGUUCUGUAACACCACCUUGCCUGAUGGCGGUGGGGAGUCAUUUACAUCACCACAACAACCAAUAAUGGCAUUAUCCAUCUUAGCUGCAGCAUUGCAAUGGGAGCUCAUGUUCAGUUGUUUAUCUACAACAUCCUUUGCAGAGGCUCAGCUUUCCCAGAUACAGGCCCCGCCCUGUAAGUAUAACCUACGCUUUUGUUCCUCCAUGUUGGCCCUUGCAUUUGGUUGUAUUAAAAUGCAUGGAGUUUGAUUUACCAAAUUAUGUGGAUUUCUCUGUAACAGUGAUCUUGUUCCCCUCAUACCACUCCAUCAACCUUAACGGCCUCUGCUAACUUUAUCAGCAGUAAUAAUUGAGGUAUAACUAUUUAAACCAAGGGGAUUAACCCUGACUGCAGGGCUGACCACACACACCACAGUUCCCUAAUGCUCUUGGUGGCAGAUGGGAAGGAACUAAUGUGUUUGGGGGCUGUUCUCCCUUGAUAUGAGUUAUGAAACUGAAUGUCAAUGUCAAAGGCCAUGCAGCCGCAGUGAACAGCCCCUCAGACAAGGGGGUGCCAAUCUUCCAAGUGUGAAAUCAGAGUUGACUCAUGAAGAACAAGUUACUGUUUGCUUCUUCUAAAUGGAUUCCAGUGAAUUUCCUGGAUCUUUGGACCCACUUUCUCUGCCUGAUAAGCCGCUGAUUGGUGAUCUCCCUGCUGACAUGGAGUUUGGGGAAGAUCUUCUGGGCUCCCAGACAGCUUCUACACAGCAAGUGUCAGGUCUUCAACCCCCUCUGAUGGAAUGGGAUCAGACCAAGCAGGUCACAGCAGAUGGGGACUUAGACCUUUUGGUGAAAGCAGACAGUUUGGCUGACCUAAGCAAAUCAAACAAUCUUGAUCUAAAUAAACCCAGUGUCUUGGACAUUCUGGAGAAACCUGGUGUCUUAGAUGACUUAGAUGACGCCACUGACUUGAUGGUUCUAGAUAAACCAGGGGAUUUGGAGGGUCUGUACAAGGCACAUUCUUCCCAGGACAAGGCGGAUGGGCAUGGGGACUCCUCUGUGCUGGCUAGGGAAGACAUUGUGCCAGAAGCUUGGAAAGAAGGGGAAGAUAAACCAAAAUAUGACUCUGGGGACCUAAAAGAUGAUUGUGCUGCUGCCACUGCUGCGCAUUGUGAUGGCAACACCCUGGAGUCCCCCCUGCAGCCCAUUCCUGUUGCAGGGGAGCUGAGCUGUGCGCCAUCCACAGAGGAAUUUACAACGCAGCUCUCAAGUUUGCCAGCGGUUUCACCACAGCCCAGUCUUAAGCAGGCAAAGAAAACAAGGUUGAAGGCACCAAGGAAAAGCUCCCCUAUGCAAAAAGAGGUGGCGGCAGCAGAAGAGAGGCUAGAACAGAGCCCUGCCCUGCCCCCUGAGCACACUGACGAAGGCCAGGCUCAGGAGGAGGAGGAGGAUGGUGGUAAUACCCUCAGACAAGAGAGCAGCAUGCCGAAAGCACAGGAGACCACACUGUCAUCAUCCCCAGGAGAAGACCUGGCCGGGAAGGGAAGCGAACAGCCAACUGAAAAGGAGCAGAAGAGAAGCGAACGAGCCAGGAGAUCAGAGGCAGCCAGGCCUGAAACUGUGAAUUCCUCCGAGAGCAUCCCGGUCUCUGACGAGGACUCGGAUGCUAUGGUGGAUGAUCCCAAUGACGAGGACUUUGUUCCCUUCCGUACCCGGCGCUCGACCCGCAUGUCCUUGCGCACACAGAUGGCUCAGCGGGCUGCCCGCUCCACCGUCACCAAGAUGACUUGUGCCAACUGCCGGACCCCACUGCAGAAGGGCCAGACCGCCUACCAGCGCAAAGGGCUCCCUCAGCUCUUCUGCUCCAGUUCGUGUCUCACCACCUUCUCCAAGAAACCACCUGGCAAGAAGAUCUGCACCUUCUGUAAAAAAGAGAUCUGGAACACUAAGGAUUCUGUUGUGGCCCAAAUUGGCUCAGGUGGCUCUUUCCAUGAGUUCUGCACCUCUGUGUGCCUCUCCCUCUACGAAGCACAGCAGCAGAGACCAGCUCCUCAGCCUGCAGAGGCCUCGGACACCAGCCGCUGCAGUGUCUGUCACAAGCCUGGGGAGAUCCAGCACGAGGUCAGCAAUGGGAACGUGGUGCACCGGCUCUGCAGUGACGCCUGCUUCACCAAAUUCCGAGCCACCAAGGGGCUGAAAACCAACUGCUGCGAUAACUGUGGCCUCUACAUCUACAACAAGGGGCUGCCGCUGGAGUACCUCUUCCACGAGGGCCAGCAAAAACGCUUCUGCAAUUCCACCUGUCUCAAUAGCUACAAGAAGAAGAAUACCCGUGUGUACCCCUGCAUGUGGUGCAAAACGCUGUGUAAGAACUUUGACAUGCUGCCCAACAUGGAUCGAAGUGGCAAGAUGGGCCUGUUCUGCUCCAUCUGCUGCACCACCUCUCACAAAGUGAAGCAGUCGGGUCUGACCGGUCCCGCUAGGCCCUGCAGCUUCUGCAGAAAGAGCCUGUCUGAGCCCUGCUAUUACAACAAGACUGACCGGGUUGUGUACCAGUUCUGCAGCCCCAGCUGCUGGACCAAAUUCCAGCGCACCAGCCCCGAGGGGGGGAUCCACCUAAACUGUCAUUACUGUCACAAUCUCUUCAGUGGGAAGCCAGAGAUUCUGGACUGGCAGGAUAAAGUGUACCAGUUCUGCUGUAAGGACUGCUGCGAGGACUUCAAGCGGCUGCGUGGGGUGGUGUCCCAGUGUGAGCACUGCAAGCAAGAGAAGCUGCUGCACGAGAAGAUCCGCUUCUCUGGGGUGGAGAAGAACUUCUGCAGCGAAGGGUGUGUGCUUCUUUACAAACAGGAUUUUACCAAGAACCUGGGUCUGUGCUGCAUCACCUGCACCUACUGUUCCCAGACCUGCCAGCGGGCAGUCACCGAGCAGCUGGAGGGCAGCACUUGGGACUUCUGUAGUGAAGACUGCAAGAGCAAAUACUUGCUAUGGUACUUCAAGGCAGCUCGGUGCCAUGCCUGCAAGCGUCAGGGGAAGCUGCUGGAAACCAUCCACUGGCGGGGGCAAAUCAAACACUUCUGCAACCAGCAGUGUCUGCUGAGGUUUUACAAUCAACAGAACCAGCCCAACCUGGACACGCAGAAGGGGCCCGAGAGCCUGCUGAACAGUCAGACUCCCGAGCCCAAACCUCCUGGCUCUUCCCCACAGAAAGCAGAGACUAAUAUGGUGUCUGCAAAGGCCUCCUCAGCCCAGAUGUCCCCAGCCCCCCCACCGCCACCAGUUCCCGCCACGCCUCGGAAGAACAAGGCUGCUAUGUGCAAGCCAUUGAUGCAGAACCGGGGCGUGUCCUGCAAGAUAGAAGUGAAGUCCAAGGGAUGUCAGACAGAGGCAGACUGGAAGCCACAGGUGAUUGUGUUGCCGAUCCCCGUCCCGAUCUUUGUGCCUGUGCCUAUGCAUAUGUACUGCCAGAAAGUACCCGUGCCUUUCUCCAUGCCUGUCCCGGUGCCUGUGCCAAUGUUCCUGCCCACCACACUGGAGAGCACAGAUAAGAUAGUGGAGACCAUUGAGGAGCUGAAGGUGAAGAUCCCUUCCAACCCCCUGGAGGCUGACAUCCUGGCCAUGGCCGAGAUGAUCGCAGAAGCUGAGGAACUGGACAAGGCAUCCUCAGACCUGUGUGAUCUGGUGAGUAACCAGAGCGCGGAGGGUCUCCUGGAGGACUGUGACCUGUUUGGGCCAGCGAGAGAUGAUGUGUUAGCCAUGGCUGUCAAGAUGGCAAAUGUCUUGGAUGAGCCUGGCCAGGACCUGGAGGCCGACUUCCCCAAAAACCCUCUGGACAUUAACCCCAGUGUGGAUUUCCUCUUUGACUGUGGCCUGGUGGGGCCAGAUGAUGUAUCCACAGAUCCAGACCUCCCUCGCACCAUCCGGAAGGGUCAGAAGCGUCUGAUGCUCUCUGAAAGCUGCUCCCGGGACUCCAUAAGCAGCCAGCCGAGCUGCACAGGACUGAAUUAUUCGUAUGGGGUGAAUGCCUGGAAAUGCUGGGUGCAGACAAAGUACGCUGGCGGGGAGUCCAGCAAGGGAGAGGAGCUGCGCUUUGGGCCUAAGCCCAUGCGUAUCAAAGAGGAUAUCCUGGCCUGCACGGCUGCUGAGCUCAACUAUGGUCUUGCCCAGUUCGUCAAGGAGAUAACACGGCCCAACGGCGAGCGCUAUGAGCCAGACAGCAUCUAUUACCUCUGCCUCGGCAUCCAGCAGUACCUGCUGGAGAACAACCGGAUGGUGAAUAUCUUCACAGACCUUUACUACCUGACCUUCGUGCAGGAGCUGAACAAGUCCCUGAGUGGCUGGCAGCCCACACUCUUACCAAACAACACGAUCUUCUCCCGUGUGGAGGAGGAGCAUCUCUGGGAGUGUAAGCAGCUGGGGGUGUACUCCCCCUUUGUCCUCCUCAACACCCUCAUGUUCUUCAACACCAAGUUCUUCGGCCUGCAGACUGCGGAGGAGCACAUGCAGCUGUCCUUCACCAAUGUGGUACGCCAGUCCCGCAAGUGCACUACAGCCCGGGGCACCACCAAGGUGGUGAGCAUCCGCUACUACGCCCCCGUCCGGCAGAAAAAAGGGCGAGACAGCAGUUCUGGGAAGCGGAAGCGAGAGGAGGAGCUGCCGAUCCUGGAGCAGCGGGAGAACAGGAUGAACCCACUCCGGUGCCCAGUCAAGUUCUAUGAAUUCUAUCUCUCCAAAUGUCCAGAGAGCCUGCGGAACCGGAACGACAUCUUCUACCUGCAGCCAGAGCGGUCGUGCAUUGCAGAGUCACCUCUCUGGUACUCAGUCAUCCCCAUGGACAGGAGCAUGCUGGAGAGCAUGCUGAAUCGCAUCCUGGCCGUCCGGGAGAUCUACGAAGAGCACAGCCGGGGCAGCGGCCUAGAGGAGGACAUGGACUGAGCGCAGGGCAAGGCUGGAGCAUGGGCAGGUGGCACCCAGAGCCCGCUGGGCUGGGUCUGCUCUGGCCUGGGAAGGCGUCUCCCCUGCUCUUCCUAUCUGGCCAGGGUUGCGGCAUGUGAAUGUGGCAUGGCAUGGCAUGGGGGUGUAAUGCCGCUCCCAGCCCUGCAGACUUGGUAGCGCUGUCCAGCUCAGUGCGUGUAGGACUCUGAACAUCCCUGCCUGAUGCUAGUAACAUGCCGUCUCCUUCCCGCACCAGCCCCCUGGCACCCAGGCCGUACCUGUGCUCUGCGUGACUGGGCCAGCGUCCCACUUCCCCCACCUGUCUUCCCAGGGGUGGAGAUAGGGAGCCAGUCCCUCUCCCAGCCAAGAGCCCCAGAGGGCACUGGCCUGAUGAGCCCUGCCUGUCCCCUCUCCCCAGGGCUGUUCUCAGUCUACCCCUGCCUGGUGUAACAUGAAUGCCAGGCUGUGGGGCCAUGGGGACAGGCUGGGCCCAGCAGCUGGCACAGGAGGCCCUGAACUUACAGUCAGCUCCAUGCCCAAGCAGCAGGAGUGGGGAAAUAAGCCAUGCUCAGCACGCAGGGCUCUGGGAGGAGCUGUGCCAGCCAGGGUAGCAGGACCAUUCCCAGACGCUGACUCUUGUGGGCUGGAGAGGGCUGCGUUCCCAGAGGGGCCUGGCUGUGCUGUCUCUGGCUCAUCUCAUUCUCCUCAGCAGCAGCGCAGAGCUCACUGCCCAGGGGGCUCCUGGGAUCUCCCUUCCCCAGCUCUGCAUUAGCUGUGGCUUCACUCUGCAUUGUGCACUCACAACAGCCACUGGGGGCCAUUGAAGGUCUGAAUUCUGCAUCGGGCAUGGGAGCCCAGGGGCAUCCUCGCUGCCAGAGCUGACAAGCAUGGGCCCCUCCCUUCCUCCCUGCCCCUCAAGCUGCAGCAGAAUGGACUGUGCCCCCGUUGCUAUCCUGACACUAUCAGAUGGAGGAGGUAGCUCUGUGCCUGGACUCUGCUGCUGGGCCCGUCUCCUCCAAGCCGGCAUUAGACUGAGAAUCCUGCUGGGCCGUGCCAGGCCAGAACUUGCAAGCAGUGGAGGGGGGCCGCAGGCCGACGGGGGAGUGGAGCCCGCCUGGGUCUCUCCACUCACCCAGCUCCUGCCCCAGCUUUGCUGUUCCCUUCUGGCUCCCUCCCCUUGGUGUUAUGAUUUUUUUAUCAGCUGUCAAUGGGACUCGGCACUGUCUGUUGAGUCUGUAUAUAUUGUUCUGGGACCUGGCCUGGGGCCCUCUGUCUCCAUGUCAAGAGUGAGCCAGUCACCGGUCUUGUUGUAGUGCUAAUGGGGCAUUAGGCUAACCUUGUGUCUCUAGAAACCAUUCAUUUCAAAUAAAGACCCAAAAACCUG